AGAAAUCAAACGGUGUGUACUGUUUUAGUUAUAUCAUACGAUAUCAGCUGACUUUUUCCAUGGUAUCAUAGCUGAAACAUUGCUUUCGUUUUAGCCGGCAAAGAAAAUUAACAGAAAUGGCGUUAUUACAGACACUUAUCAUAUGUGCAUAUGUCAGCUUAGCUGUUGGAGGCCCAUGGAAACAAUGCAUUGACGUGAAAAUGGCUGCAACAAUCAGCCAUGUUGCAGUGGCAGGCUGUGCGCCAGGUGCUUCCAUUUGUGAUCUUAAGAGGGGUACCAACGCUUCUGUGACAGUUACAUUUACUUCAACCACGGAAGAAACCAAAGCCACAGCUGAGGUGAAAGGUUUGAUUGCCGGUGUCCCAGUCCCAUUUCCUUUGAAUAAUGCUGAUGCCUGCAAAUAUAAGCCAAGUGGAAUAGCACCAUGUCCUCUUAAACCAACAAAGCAGUAUGUGUACACUCAUCAGGUGGAAGUAAAAUCUCUAUAUCCUAAGAUAAUGGUCGAAGUGUUGUGGAAUCUGAUGGGAAGCUCCGGAUCAAUAUUCUGUUUCAUGUUGAAUGCGCGAAUUGUCUGAUGAAACAUCAAUCUGAGCUACAAGUCCUGAACAUGAUGCUACCUGAAGUAAAAUUUAAAACAUAACUCAAAUUGGAUCAGUACCCCAAAGUAGAGUAGUACCCAAAGGAAAAACCUGUUCACAGAAGUGCAUCUAAAUCUAAGACAUGCCCAAAGUUCAUAUUUCAUUAUUAUAUAUAGCACAUUUUCUUGUUUAUUGGAUUAUUUUUAAACACAAUCUGAAUAAGAUUUUCAAACUGAGAGAUUUAUAAAUAUAAGUUCAUUAAAAGGUUUUAAACAGAUGCAUUUUAGGACUAUGCUCCUUGUUUCAGUUGGUAGCAAUUGACUUCAAUACACGUACUUACGACACCAAAUUUAAAAAAAAUUCCUUAAAAACCAUGAAUUUAAAGUGUAAAAUAUAGAAACACUGAAGCUGUAAUUUACGUUUUGGGUACUUCCAUUUUGGAAACCUCUGAUAAGGUAAAUGGAUGGUGACGUGCUAAAUGUCCGAGUGAGAGUGUGUGGCAAGUGUGAGGGUUCGUAACUUUCAUUUACUUUCAUAAUCUUUGUUUUUUGUUUUGUUUUAAGAUCACAAGCUACCUUACAGUGGCUGGUCAGGGAUUUAUACACUGCCACUGUGUAUAGCUAGCUUACUGUAGCUUAAGUAUCUUUUCCUGAGAAUGUCUUUCAGACAUUAAAAUUUAAAUGGAAAGCAAAGGUGAAUUCCUAGUUUGGAAGCAUAUAUCCUUAAGUCUGUUUUGUAAAAUAACAGUUUGACUUUGUCUUGGAGGACACAAAAUGUCCGCCUCUGAAAAGUUCCACUCUAUUUUAAAAUGAAAUUUGUGAGAAGCGAGAUGAAACUAAAACUGUCCACUUUACAUUCAGUAAUAUUAUUCAGUUCUUGACGGCCAGCAUUAAGAAAGCAUUAAUAUAUAAAAAUCUUCAUUAUUGAAGUUGUGUAUACUGAAUGUCAGGUCAACAUUGUGUAUACAUAAUAAACAUGUUUAAAAUUUUAAUAUUACUGCAGGAUAAGAAAUAAAUAUGCUUGCCAUGAUUACAAUCCGAUUAAAACCAUCUGUUACAUGGCUCGGUUCAUUUCGUACUACACCCGACGCAUUCAGGUGUAGUACGAAGUUGAUAAAGCCAUGUAAUAGGUGAUUUUAAUCAGAUUGGCCACGAUUAUUGGAUGUAAAUGUAAAAGGAAAUAUAUUCUUAAAAACAUAUUUUAAAUAACAUACUAUUGACCGGUAAACAACAUUGUGAAAUCCUUCAUCUUUGUGGGAUAUUUGUGUUGAUUAAUUUCUAGUAAAACCAAUAGUUUAUUUUUACCAUUGUCUUUCAUUUGAAAUACAGUAAACGCUCGUCAUACUGCCACCAUUUGUCGAAGAUAUUUUGGCGAAAGUUGAGGGAUUGUAGGGAGAAAUUCUUAAGAAAACGAGAAAAAGGGACACUAAAAUAUUGGCAAUAAAAGAGACGUCAAAUAUAACAAGGUUUUACCAUAUGUACCUUCAUCUAAAAGAUAAGAUUCCACAAAUUGAUAUCCUUAUAGAAUAAUGUUUUUUUGAUAAAACUCCAUUGUUAAACACAACUUAAAUGUUUACACUGUUUACGUUCGUCACUGUUUAUGACCAGUGUUGGUUUUUGUUAGAACAUUUUUUCAUGAUUUAGAAUAGAAUAUAUUGCAAGGAUUUACAUCAAUAAUGUUUAUAUAAAUUUAAGUGGUCGCUGUAUAUUGCUUUCUUGGAUAUAAAUAGUGAAUCUCAAUAACAUUCCUUGUUAUAGAUCAAACACUUUGUGUACCCGAAAUUAACUAUUUGAUUUUUGUUUAAUGUGAACUUGAGUUUUUUCGUGUAGUUGAAUUACAUUGGAUUUUAAGAUUAUAAAUACUUUCUAUAGUUGAUGACUUGAAAUGGAAUGUAUAGUUGAUUUAUUACAAUGUUCAUUGGAAUUCGAGAUCUGCCUUCAUCACAUUUAUACAUACUUUGUAUCCUUAGAAGAUGGGUUGCAUUGGAAUACUUGGGACAGUCAGUGAUCUGAUCUCAUAGUUGCCAUCUGAGUUGAUCUUUAACAGAAUUCUUUUUUCUUCGUCUAGGCUUUUAUAAAAUUAUUACUUUAAAAAAAAAAUGUAAAUUUUUUGCAAAUUUUGUUUCUCAGAACAAUCAAACAGAAGUGUCUGUGAUUGGAUUACAUAUGCAAUACAAAAUGAGAUUAUUUUGAUGUUUGAUUUUAUCCUUUAUGCUAUUUCAUAUGUGUCCAAACCAAACCGACUAGUGUAUUUACAACUUUCUCAUUUUGAUUGAAUAAAUCUGUGAAAUGUGAAUUUGAAGUUCAUAAUCAUAUGAAAAUAAACCAUGUUUUGUAACAAAA